AUGAAAUUGUUGGAUGCCAGUGCGACAGAUGGUGAAAAGAAAGCGUUAGAAGAAGCGGAAGCUCGAAUUAGAGAGAUUGAAGACGAGACCAAAAAGAGGGUGUUCGAUCUGCAGCGUAGAAUCGACUCUCUGCAAAACGACAACAAACAACUGCGUUCAGACUCGAAUGCGCUCAAGGAUAAAUAUCGCAGUAUUGAAGUGGAAUACAGCACCGUGGUGCGGAAAUUGGACGAGAAGGACACGGCCAUGAAGAAUCUGGAGGCGAUGCGAGCGGAUCUGUUGCGCGAUCUGGAGAAGGAACGCGCGCGCGUCGACGCGGUAACGAACGAAUUGGACACGAUCCAAACGAACUUCGAAACGAAAUCCAAGAAUACGGUAGUGAUCGAGACCACACUGCGUGAGAUACGUGAAGAGCGUGACGAGCUGGUGAAGGAGAAGGAUGACGUCACUCGUCAACUCAGCGAUUUACGCACGAAGCUAGACGCUGCCACAAAAGAGAAGGACAACGUUAGCAGAGAGGCGCAGAGACAGCAAGAAGAGCUAGAGAAA